CAGAGAUGGCCAAGUCGAAGAAUCACACGGCGCAUAACCAGUCGGCUAAGGCUCACAAGAACGGAAUCAAGAAGCCAAGGAGACACCGUCACACUCCCACCAGAGGGAUGGAUCCUAAGUUCUUGAGGAACCAGAGGUACGCAAGGAAGCACAACGUCAAGAACAGCGAUGCUACUGCAGAAGAAUAAGCUUUUUGAUUCUCUCUGAGAGACGUUUUGAGGUUUUUUAUGAAAUUAAGUUUGUUUUAGACAAGAGAACCAGUUUACAUUUCGCGUUAUGUUUGGUUUAAGGAUGAUGUUUGUGUACCCUUUUACCCUGGCUUUAUUUUAAUAUCAAGGAUUUUCAUUUCGUAUUCUCUUGGUCUUUAGUUUCUUUGUUUGAUUCGUUUUGCUCAACUAAAAGCCUGUCUCCAUCAUAUUUAGCAUUUAUUUAGUACAAAUGCUUGUUGCCUUUUCUAGGUUUCUGGUUUUAUAAUUAGUUAUACAGUCUAAAGGUUUGUCAGGGAGGUAUGAAUCGACCUCGUUU